AGGCCCGGGCGGUGGAAAUCAACAUGACACACAAGUAGCACAGUGCAGACACCGCAUCGGAGAAGACAAGAUAUAAAACACAACUAGCUGGCAGGAGCAGAGCCACUGAAUUCACAGCAGCAGCACUUUAGGCUGCUAAUAAUAUUACUAGCUCACUCUGUACUGGAGACUCACACAGGGCCUGUGUUUAUGUGGAGAACAGUGUCGUGUGAGAAAAGCUACCGUGGAGCAGUGGUUAAUGAGUGCAUUUGAGAAGGAUGAGUCUUGACCCUUUGCAGGUCAUGAAAGGCCAGGACCCCAUGUCCCUCAGCCCCUUGUCCGGCUCAAAUGGUGACAGCAAAGCCUCCUGGGAUGACAACGAAGGCUUCUGUGAUAGUGUGGGUUCUACUAAAAAGCCCCAAACUGGACCAGUGAGACGAGCCAGGAAGGUGGAGGGAGGCAUUUUCUUUCCAAAACCAGAGAACGCAAUAACGAUAGCCGUGUCCUCUCGGGUGCUGUUCCGCACAGAGAAAGAGCAGAAGGUGUAUGAAGAGAAAGGAGUGGAGGAGUACCUCAUGUACCAGGUGAAACAUGAGAACGAGCCUUUAGCCCCUGGACCAGCAUUUCCAUUUGUUAAGGCCCUGGAGGCAGUUAAUGCUCAACUGCGAGAGCUGUACCCUGAAAGUGAGGAGCUUUUUGACAUUAUUCUGGUGACCUACAAUCAUGCCCAUGUAGGAAUAAGACUAAUUAACACCAUCAACUAUCACAAUCUGUUCAUCGAGCGGUUCUGCAUGACAGGAGGCAGUAAUCCAAUUGGCUACCUGAAAGCAUGGCACACAAACCUGUACCUGUCAGCUGACCCCAAAAAGGUGCAGGAGGCACUGGCUGAAGGCAUUGCAGCAGCCACCAUGUUCAUGGCAGAGAAGCAGAUAGAAGUUUCGGAGACACAGCUGAGAGUGGCAUUUGAUGGCGAUGCUGUUCUCUUCUCUGAUGAGUCGGAACGAAUAUUUAAAGCUCAGGGCCUGGACAAGUUCUUUGAGCAUGAGAAGGAAAAUGAGAACAGGCUGCUAGAUCAUGGUCCACUGAAAAGUUUCCUUGAAGUCCUUGGAAAGCUCCAGAAAAAGUUCUAUGCUAAAGGCCACAGAUUAGAUUGCCCCAUUCGCACCUAUCUGGUGACUGCUCGCAGUGCUGCCAGCUCAGGGAUCCGUGCUUUAAAGACUCUACGUGCCUGGGGACUGGAAACAGACGAAGCCCUGUUUUUAGCUGGAGCUCCCAAAGGCCCCAUGCUAGAGAAAAUCCGACCCCACAUCUAUUUUGAUGAUCAGAUGUUCCAUAUUGAAGGUGCUGCAGAGAUGGGAACGAUUGCUGCACAUGUACCAUACGGGAUAGCACAGAAGUACCCUCACAAAAAGAGCGUCAACUCUGACAAAUAAGGAUAGGAAUGGACAUUAGAUAUUGCUCUUGCAUGACUCAGUGACUCAGGGUCUCAGUGACUCAGCAGCAAGAGAUGAACUUUUUUUAAAC